AUGACUACACCGAUGUACCCUACCAAGGCCCCCGAAGUUAACGAAGAUCAAACAACGAGCAAAAAAUUUUGUGAGAUUUUUAAGAACUUGGAACCCUGUCCCAAAGGGACUUUGAGAAUCUUCGAACGUGAGAAGGGAGAGUUUUAUACCUGUUAUGGUCAAGAUGCUCAAUACAUCGCAACGCAAUUCUAUCGGACCAACACCGUCCUUCGCUUCAUUGGGUCAAAAUCUAAUGGUGAACAGGGCCUACCAUCGUGCUCAUUAUCCAGGACGGGAGCCAUAACAUUCCUGAGGGAAUGUCUCACCUCUCGACAAAUGAGAAUUCAGAUUUAUAGAUCGGAUCAACCUUCAGCAAAAAGUUCUUCCAAUUGGUCGUUAGCCGUUCAAGCAUCUCCUGGAAACCUCGAGCCAUUAGCCGAUCUUCUGUUUUCAAACACCGACAUCUUGAGUUCACCUGUGAUCGCUAGCCUGUGGGUCAAAGGAAAUCCCGGAUCUUCAUCGGGGAGGAUAAUGGGCGUCGCCUUUGCAGAUACUAGUGUCCGGACUUUGGGAUUGAGCGAGUUCCCCGAGCAGGAAGACGGCUGGGGUAACACGGAGAGUUUAAUCAUCCAAUUGGGAAUCAAGGAGGCCAUCAUCGCCAGUGCAACCUCGACCAAAAACAGUAGCGAUUCGAGUCAGAAUUCCGAAUAUCAGCAAUUGAUCGAAGUUUUAGAGAGAUGCGGGGUGGUUGUCACUGAGCGGAAGAGGGUGGAGUUUACUCUGAAGAAUGUCGAACAGGAUAUCAACAGACUCCUCAGCGGUGAUCGACAGCUAGCUGCACUUCCACAAUUCGAAAUGAAGACUGCCCUUGCUGCCCUGAAUCCUCUGCUGAAUUAUCUGGCAAUUUUAGAUGACCCGUCUAAUCAUUCGGCCUAUAAAUUUAUCACCCACGACCUCGGCCAAUUCAUGCGGUUAGACGCCUCAGCAGUCCGAGCACUCCACUUAUUCCCCAAUCCAACGAGCAUUGGUGGUGGCGGAAAGAACAUGAGCCUGUUUGGGCUUCUCAAUCGAUGUAAAACCAGCCAAGGAACCAGACUAUUAGGUCGAUGGCUGAAGCAGCCUCUUGUAAACCUUCACGAAAUUGAACAACGGCAAACGCUGGUGGGGAUCAUGUUUCAGGAUGGCUUAGUCCGCCAGGCUUUACAGGAAGAUCACUUGAAAGCCAUGCCCGACUUGACCCGUAUCUCCAAAAGGUUCAUCCAAGGGGCCGGAUCCCUCGAAGACGUGGUUAGGGUCUAUCAGGCGGUAGUUAAGCUCCCCGAAAUCUUGGAGGCUUUGACAAAGGUAGACGGCAUUGAAACCGACAACAAAGAAGAGGCCAAAGACCUGUUGAAUGUCAUCUAUUGCGUGCCUUUCCAGGAAUGUGUCACCAAUCUGGCCCAAUAUGUUGAGAUGGUCGAAACGACUGUUGACUUGGACGAAUUGGAAAAUCAUCAGUUUAUCAUCAAGCCUGACUUCGAUGACGACUUGCGAGAGCUCAAGAACGCACUUGUCCAAAACCGACAGCAGCUGGAUGACGAGCAUCAGCGGGUAGCUGAAGAUCUCGGAAUGGGAACUGACAGCAAGGUCCUCCAUUUCGAAAACCAUCAAGUGUACGGUUAUGUUUUCCGACUAACUAGAAAGGAAGCAGGAGUAAUCCGAUCGAAAAAGAAUUACAUCGAAUUGAGCAAUCGGAAUAAUGGCUGCCAUUUCACUACCAAAACUUUGAAGGAACUGAACAACGAAUUAAAAGAUUUCACUCAAAAGUAUCAACGCAAGCAGAGUUCAUUGGUGAAGGAAGUCGUCAGCAUUGCCGCAUCCUACUGUCCUAUACUCGAAAAAUUGAACGAGAUCAUUGCGCAUCUUGAUUUGAUUGUUAGUUUUGCACACGUUUCUCUCAACGCACCGAUGACAUACACGCGCCCGAAAAUGUAUGCCCUAGGCGAAGGUGACGUGUCCUUGAAGGGCUGUCGACAUCCAUGUCUUGAAGUCCAAGACGACAUCAAUUUCAUCCCCAACGACACUUUGAUGGAACGGGACAAGAGCUCCUUUCACAUCAUCACCGGACCCAACAUGGGAGGCAAGAGUACUUAUAUCCGACAGAUAGGUGUUGCUGCUUUGAUGGCCCAACUGGGCUGCUAUGUGCCUUGUGCAGAGGCUAGCUUGCCGGUUUUUGACUCUAUCUUGGCUCGGGUUGGGGCGGGUGAUAGCCAAACAAAAGGGAUCUCUACUUUCAUGGCGGAAAUGCUCGAGACUGCUGUCAUACUCAAGUCUGCUACCCCUAACUCCCUGAUAAUCAUCGAUGAGCUUGGAAGAGGUACAUCGACUUACGAUGGGUUCGGAUUGGCUUGGGCGAUUUCGGAACACAUCGCGGUUGAAAUCAAGGCUUUCACGUUAUUCGCCACUCACUUUCACGAACUCACAAGUUUAGACAAAGAAGUCGAGCAUGUCAAGAAUUACCAUGUCGUUGCCCAUGUCGAAAAGAAAUCUGCCGCCGGUGUAUCGUCCUCCGAUAUCACUCUGUUGUAUAAAGUCGAACCUGGAUUCAGCGAUCAGUCGUUUGGUAUCCAUGUGGCUGAAAUGGCCAACUUUCCUGAAGAUGUGCUCAAACUUGCAAGAAGGAAGGCGGAAGAAUUGGAAUAUUUCGGAGAUGAAAAGAGUGUUGAUCCUGAGAAAAAAGCACCCUCCAAGGAAGCAGUGGAAGCAGGCACUGCACUGGUGACGCAGAUGCUUCAGCAAUGGAUCAAUCAAGAUAAAACUUCGAAGAAUUCUGAGAAGAUGGACGUUGAUGAAGACAAACUCAAAUUGGAAUUUAAGGUUAAUUGUCUGAAGGAAUCUUUCCAGACUUUCUUACCACAACUAGAGCAAAAUUCUUGGAUUCGUGAUGUAUUAAUGAACUCUUAUUAG